CUUUAGCAUUUUCUUUACUGAUUUUCUCUCUCUUCCACAUGUUUGCCCUCACGGGUUGUGUUGCAGUCUGUGUGCAGGUAGUGCAUGACCCAUAGUCAGUCGGGAGAUCUAUUUCCGUUAGACCAAGAGCUCGAACGGACAUGCAGAAACUUCAAGCGAGCUUUGAAGGCACGACUGGUUGCGGAGGAAGCUUUGGAGCAGCUACACAUACACCAAGAGGAAGACAUGGGGGAUCAUGUUGAUAAUGCGCUUGUCACCGAUGAGCAUACCAUGGGGUACUACUGGACCGCCACAGCCGUGGACAUGAUGUCGCCCAUUCAGCACCCUCAAGUCCCAGCCAACAACUUUGAGGUGAGCACCUCGGUCAUCACUAUGUUGUGCGGCUCGGUAGUAUUCCGUGGCAAAGAGGGGGAGUGCCCCCGAUCACAUCUGAGGCGAUUCCACGAGCUCAUUGAUGGGAUCAAGAUAAAUUGGGUCCCAGCCGAUGCCAUCCAGCUGAGGUACUUCGCAUCAAAACAAUCAAUCCAAGAAUUGGAUUGAUUAAAAAGAAUCUCGAACCAAAAACAGAUGUUCUUGGGCGUUUGGGAUAAAACGGAAUCAAACGUGCAAUUCCACACCUGGGAAAAGGCUCGAUUGAUAUGAGGAUAGUUGUUUGACCACGAUUGAAGUGACUAUUCAAUCAAUACAAGAGCUCACGAGCUUGGAAUCCACCAAAACUCCCACAAGUACGCAAACUUGCAACUAGUAAACACUAGGGUUUUAAUUCAUCAAAUUCUGUAUUUUACAACGAAAUAGAAAGGUAUUUAAAGG